AUGGCGAUGGAGAACACCAUAAUGAUGAUCCGGACGCCAUGGAUGAAGAUGGAGAUGCAGUCAUGGAGGUCGAAGGUGAUCCAGGGGGAGAAACUGGAGAAGUGGACGGUGAUGUAUCCUUGGGUUUUUAUGAUUAGUAUCAUCUGGAAUUGUCAAGGCGCAGGAGGACGGGAUUUCCACCGCGUCUUAAAGCACCUCAUAAAAGUUCACAAACCGAACCUUGUCGGAUUGGUAGAGCCGAAGGUGUCAGGAUCACAUGCGAACACCAUAUGUGCGGGAAGGAUCCGAGGUACCUUGGCACCUCGCGAUAGUCUAUGGAAGCCCGGUGCAUCACAUAAGGAAACGCCUUUGGGAGGAGCUCCGAGCCAUCAAAAGAGGGAUGUCCGAUGCUUGGAUGGUAACGCCUUUGGGGAUUUUAACGCGGUGACCUGCCAGGCGGAAACGAUAAACUACACCGCAUAUUCGACGCAAAGAAGCACCGACUUUGUUAAUUGGAUUAGCAGCGAAGGCUUGAUCGAUUUGGGGUUUAGCGGACCUCGCCUCACUUGGUUCAGAGGAACUGAGGAGUCGUCAGCGAAAGAAGCUAGGCUCGAUAGGGCGCUUUGUACUGUGGAAUGGAGGCAGCGCUUUCCCGAUGCCUCAGUCCAACACCUGCCGAGAAUCUGCUCAGAUCACGCACCUCUCUUAAUCCGACUUGAUACAGGGAGCAGAAGGGGAUCAAGUGCACAUUUUAAGCUACAGGCGGCUUGGCUCGCUGAUGGUGGUUUCAGGGACGUGGUAAUUCAAGCCUGGAAUCCAGCUCGGAGCAUGCCCGAAAGUGUAAAAGCUGUCCAAACCGAGCUUACGGCGUGGAACAAGGAUGUGUUUGGUAGCAUAGCCGUACGGAAGAAAAUCUUGCUUGCCAGAAUUGGAGGAAUUCAGAGGCUCAUGGCAGAGUCUAUACACAGAGGCUUGUACAAGCUGGAAAAAAAGUUAAAAGCUGAUCUGGAAGACGUCCUCUAUCAGGAAGAGUUACUUUGGUUCCAACGAUCUCGGGAGGAGUGGAUUGUCUCGGGCGACCGAAACACCAAGUUCUACCAUGCAGCGACGAUGGUCCGGAGGGCCCGUAAUUAA